GCCAAGCACAUACUGAGAUGUUAGAAGUUGGCCUGAGGGUUGUUCGUGGACAGGAUUGGAAGUGGGAUGACCAAGACGGUGGACAGGGCCAUGCAGGUACUGUGGUAGAAAUUGGCAAGCCUCCAUCGUUUGGAAAUUCAGCUUCCAGUCCAAAUCCCUCGGAUAGAACACCGGAUAAAACAGUGAUUGUCCAGUGGGACCAUGGCUCCAGAAGUAAUUAUAGAAUCGGAUAUCAGGGUGCUUAUGAUUUGCUGGUUUUCGAUAAUGCAGCCACUGGUGUAAAACAUGCAAACAUUAUCUGUGAUGGAUGUAAAAGACAUGGGAUAAUUGGUAUCAGAUGGAAGUGUGCCCAAUGCCCUGAUUACGACUUGUGUACUCAGUGUUACAUGGCUGAUGUGCAUGACCUGAGUCAUACUUUCCAAAGAUUUCAAUCAGCCAACUCUAUUGGGGUCCAAUUGACUCCAAGAGAAGGUUGUACUAAAAUACCUUUAAAGGGGAUAUUUAUAGGGGCAAAAGUUGUUCGUGGUCCAGACUGGGAAUGGGGAAAUCAAGAUGGAGGUCGAGGGAGAACCGGUAGAGUUAUGGAUAUACGUGGUUGGGACAACGAAAGCAGCCGUUCCGUUGCAACUGUGACUUGGUCCAAGGGCAGCACAAAUGUAUACAGACUUGGGUAUAAGGGUUGCGUAGAUUUGUGUUACGUAGAGGAAGCCACAGCCGGUACAUACUAUAAUGAGCAUCUUCCUCUCCUUGGUCAACCGAUAAUGACCUUAUCUGAUAAUGGAAGUAACUUAACGCCAACCAGGAGUGGUAUUCCUUGCACUAUGUCUAGUCCGUGUCACUCAACGUUCAAUGUUGGGGAUAAAAUAAAAGUAUUGGUCGACGUAGAAGCAUUGAAGGAAAUGCAGGAAGGCCACGGUGGUUGGAAUCCGCGUAUGGCCGACUAUAUAGGGAAGGUUGGCAGAGUUCACCGGAUCACAGACAAAGGAGACGUCCGUGUGCAAUUCGAAGGCUGCAACAACAGAUGGACAUUCCAUCCGGGAGCACUCACAAAGGUUACCAGCAAAGACUCGUUCUCCCUGGGCGACAUAGUCAGGGUGAAGACAGAUCUGUCCGCCGUGAAACUUUACCAACGAGACCACGGGGAAUGGAUAGACGUUAUGAAGAAUGCUCUUGGAAAAACGGGGAAAGUAAUCAAGAUAUAUUCCGAUGGAGAUUUACGUGUGGCGUUAGAUGGUCAUACGUGGACAUUCAAUCCAUUAAGCGUUACCCUCGUUCCUCCUGGGACUGAGACUUCUAUGCAAGAUGAAGCAAACAGAAGCAGAGACUGGUCGAGUGAGGGCGUCGAUACAGAGGUCGAGAAACUGUUGAGGGACGCAGCUAGAGGAGAGGCUGGUGUGUCUGCGGUACAAGAAUUUCUCAAGAAAUAUCCUAGCAGAGUGGAUGCCAGAGCCGGUGGUCCUGGUGGCGGAAAGAAAACGUGUUUACAAGUCGCGGCUCAUCAGGGACAACGCGACCUCUGUAUUCUUCUUCUGGAUGCCGGUGCAUCACUGCGGGCAGUGGACGAAGACGGAGAUACGCCACUUCACUAUGCUGCAUUUGGCAAUCAGCCAGAAAUCAUGGAAUUGCUUUUGUCACGCGGUGCACCGAUCAACGCUGUCAACAAUGGAAAGUGCAACGCCCUGGAUAUUAUCGACGCCCUUUGCACCUGCGACAGGGUCGACUUUACCCUGAAGAAUAAGCGAGGCUUCAACGUCCUGCAUCAUGCCGCGUUGAAAGGCAAUGCUCAUGCUACUGAGAAAUUGGUAACACGAGCAAGGCACCUGGUGGACGUGAAGAAAGAAGAUGGCUUCGCGGCUUUGCAUCUCGCAGCUUUGAACGGCCACAGGGAUGUUGCAGCCAUUCUUCUUUCCCAGAACGGCGGCAACGCGAAAGUUGAUUUACGAAACAAUCGUCGACAGACACCGUUGCAUCUGGCCACCUCGCAGGGUCAUUGGGCUUUGAUGGAGUUGCUGGUGCAUCACAACGCGGACAUCGCUAGUACGGACGCCGACGGCGACGUAGUGUUGCAUAUUGCUAUAGUGAAGAGCCCGAAUCAAACGAACGUGGUCCCCACCCCUGAGAGCUGUCGGGACUCGCCACUUAUAUAUUCUAUAUGGCAGAACUUAGCGAGACAAAAUACCAAAACAGAAUUAGCACUGGCUUGUUACCUAGUGAGCAUAGACAGGAGUGGCACUCUCCUGGAACACGCAAAGAACUCCAAGAACAAGACACCUCUCGAGCUUCUCGAAGCGGAUCCUCAGCUUGCACCCUAUACUGAUCUACUGCGCUGUUAUCUGUUCCAAAACCAGAACGCGCAGUUAGAGAUAGAAAAUGCUCCCGUCUCCGUUUCUUCCGUCUACCAGAUAGAUCCCACGUCGCAGUCGGAGAUGACUCGAGCUCCUAGGAAGGGUAUGUCCGGUUCCGGUGACGCCACGGAGUGCCACGGUUGUUUAGGUAUAGUAAUAAGAGCGACGAAGGAUGAAAAUAGAUUUAAUCCCGGUAGUAGUGUUCCGAUCAUUAACUGUGCUCAUUGUGGUCAUGGAAUUCCGAAGACGCAAGGGAUUCCAGGCGUGGACGGUCAAUUAGCGGCUGGUGAAAUUCCUUUGACAAAAUCGGAGAACAAGGUGAAAGAUGGAGCGCUGGAAGAUAAGAAGAAAGAUGAGAAUCUGGAGAAAGAAAGGGAGAAGGACAAGGAUCUGGAGCGACUACGUUAUUUGGAGACCAGGGUGGCCGAUUUAGAGGAAGCGAAUAUGUGUAGCAUCUGCAUGGAGCGUCGUCGUAACGUUGCCUUUCUCUGCGGCCAUGGAGCCUGCGAACACUGCGCGAAUCCGUUGAAAACUUGCCACAUGUGUCGAAAAGUGAUCACAAAGAAAAUUAAUUUAUACUAGACAAUCAAUGCCGGAGCGACUGUACGCUCUGUCUGAAAGAAAAGAGAAUUAUUAGAAGUGUAAAAACAUUAAAUAUCCGAAUAUCAACUGCCAAAAUAUACAGGUUUCUCUGUUUUUUUUAGAUAUAAAAACAUUUAAAAAAGAAUCUUCUCAC